AUGCGGGGGGGGAGACGCCUCCGAAACCGGUUUCUGUUGAAGGGCUCUACGACAGCCGGGCUCAUCGUUGACUCAGAUACACACUUUUGCCUCCCCUCUCUCAUCCUGCCUAGUUGGGUCCCGGCAAAUCGACGCACACCUGCCUGCAAAUGUAAUACACACAUCCUUCUCCUCGGAUCUCGUAUUUUGCCCCUUCUACUCCUACCAUCGUCGACUCGAGUCCCUCGAGGGCGAGGGUCUACGACGUGUCCACACGGGGCUGACGCAGCUCAACUUACGCCUUCGACACGCCUUGUCGACCCGUGCUACCGCUAUUAUACUACUUAUUACAGUUACUUUUUGAUCCUGAUCCCGACAUUCGCUAGCGUACUCAAUGUGCAUCGCAAGCGAUACUGGAACAGCUCUCCUUUGUCGUCUCUCUCUUUUUGUAAAUCGCAAUCCGCCACAGCCUCCAUUCAUAGCCCAUAUUUUUUCUCCACCACUCCUUCCAGCCACUUUCUUGUUGGCCCCACUUACUCGGACGUCUUCCUAUUCAGCCCUCUCCUCUUUUUGCGCUUCCCUUCGCUUCAUCGGCUUUCUUAUCCCUUCCUCGGUCACUCUUACAUCUUGCCGCAUUCUUCGGCCAUGAUACUACUUAUUUCUGACCCGACUACUGCUAUACUCUGCGUCCUUUUGGCACUAUUUGCCAAAUAUAUUUCGGUGACUGGUACUCUUUAUCACCAUCAUCUGUCUUUACCAUAUCAACCAGGUCCCCCACUGCUUUUUGAUAGGCAUGGGGCUCAUGGUUGCCGAGCAACUUGCUGGUAUGAAACUUGUUUUGUGAAUGGAGCAGAGGCCAACUGGGCUGAGAUUCGAAGCAUGGUUCAGGAUUAA